AGAACAGGCACACAUGGUGAUGCAAAUCCGAUCAGAGCUUUCACACUGGUGCGAGAUCUCGGGCCCAUUCGCCAUGUCGCCAUGUGAAUCGAAGUCGACUGAACAUUGGGCGAAAUCUGAGCUGUACAAGUGUACCAAAGUCAGUGUUCACGUAGUCAAAGAUCGAAAGACGGCGUCGUAGUCACCAUAUCCUUUACCAACCACUACAUUCGUUUCCUCUGGAAUUGCUCGUCCAUCGUCGUAUUCAACCCAUGGUCGUAUUUGCAAACCCGUUCACCUUCACUAGUCGGCAUCACCGUCGCUCACUGCCACACUCAUUUGUACCCCAGUCGCUAUCAGAACGACUAGUUCGAGACAUGCUCUUCUCCGAAGAAAAUACCCCAGAAUCCUCACCUGGCAUAUCGAGGGCAACGACUCCUGGAACGGAAAGAGACGUUCUUUUCGAUCCACCGUCGCCAUUGUCAGAUACUGAUGGAUAUGUUCUCGUUACUGGUGGCUUGGGCUUCAUCGGUAGCCAUACGGUGGUGGAGCUCAUGAAAGAGGGCCACAACGUUGUCAUCGUCGACGAUCUAAGCAACAGCGCCAGUGAUGUGUUUGAUCGCAUCCUCAAGACCGCACAUCUGCAUUUUGCCAGGACCGGCAAGCGAUGCCCCAAAGUUCACUUCCGCAACAUGAACUACCGCGAUGUACCAGCGAUGCGCAACUUGCUAGACUCUGUGAGUCUCCCAGGACUCCAAAACGAAAGACGAUCCAGAUUCAUUGGCGUAAUCCACUUUGCGGCCUACAAAGCAGUCGAGGAGUCCAUUCGCCAGCCAAUGCGCUACUACCACAACAAUGUCGUCGGACUACUCGACUUCCUCGCUUUACUCGACGAAUACAGCGUACGGACGUUCAUCUUUUCGUCGAGCGCCACUGUUUACGGGUCACUCGCUGACGGUUCGAAACUCCUUCGCGAAGAACACUGCGUCCAUGAAAACGGACUAUACGUAGAUGUUGAUGGGAACACGAAACUGUCAGAGCCAGGAUACGCAGGGAUAACAAGUCCAUACGGCCGCACAAAGUACUUCGGCGAGGCGAUACUUUCAGACAUUGCGCGAAGCGACCCUCGAUGGAGAAUCCUCGCGCUACGAUACUUCAACCCAGUAGGAUGCGACGUAGAGGGCUUUUUGGGCGAAGACCCGAAAGGCGACCCAUCGAACUUGCUGCCUGUUGUGGUGAAGGUGAUGACAGGUCAGCUAUCUGAGCUUUCAGUCUAUGGCGACGAUUGGAACACCCCCGAUGGCACCGCGGUGCGAGACUUCAUACAUGUGACGGACCUUGCCAAAGGACAUACCGCUGCUUUGAACGCAGCACAAACAAGGCAGAUCCCGGCUGGGUUUCGCACAUUCAACCUUGGAACUGGCUGUGGCAACUCUGUCACGGAAGUCGUAAAGGCUAUGGAGGGGGUAUCAAAAGUAAUCAUACCAAGCAAGAUCGUAUCGAGGAGGGAUGGCGACGUACAAUCCUCGGUCGCUGCUGCGGAUAGAGCGAAGAACGAGCUUGGUUGGACAACAGAGAAGAAUCUACAUGACGCAUGUCGGGAUACGUACAAUUAUCUGAGACUCCGCACUAUAAUAUAGCCUAAUAACGCGAGUCCUAAAUUCAUUAAUAAGGCCUACUUGUAAUUGAAGUUAAUUCUUAGAUGU